AUGGCCGCCUCCUUACAGACAGACGUUAUGGCGAGUGAAACAGAAGAAGAAAUGAGCUCUGCGGCUCAAAUAGAGGUUACAGAAAUCAAGAGUGACCCUGGAGGGGAGGAUCUACCUGAAACCGAGCCACCGACAGAGGAGCCUUUCAAGAAACCGGCUCUCUUUGUGGCUCCUUCGCUCGUUAAUAAACGCAGCAGCAGCGUCGCAGCUCCGUCAGUUCGCACCGAAGCUCCAGUUCGAGAGUCAACGAGUGAGAUCAAAACAUCAGGGGAAGACAAAGAGGACAAAGGCUGUGACAGUAAUGAGGAUGCUGCUCCUGUCAAACCCAAACAGGUGGUUAAACAGAGGACACUCCCUCCUAAAGGACCGCCGGCCGGAAAGUUCCCCCCUCUCCCGUACGCAGAGCCUCCCUGGGGAGGCGCUCCUCCAGAAAUCCCGUACGCCCUCGAAAUCCUUAAAAACGGCACCAUAGUGGACACGGUGCCCCUCACUCACAGGAGCUACUUUGUGGUCGGACGAUUACCCGUGUGCGACGUCUCCCUGGAGCACCCCUCCAUCUCCCGGUACCACGCGGUGAUCCAGUACCGUGGGCAGCCCGGGGACGGGGACAGCGUCGGGGAGGAGAGAGGCUUCUACGUCCACGACCUGGGCAGCACGCACGGCACCGUGGUGAACAAGAACAAAGUCCCACCCAAGACGUAUAUCAGGCUACGGGUUGGUCACGUGAUCAAGUUCGGCGGCAGCACGAGGCUUUUUAUACUCCAGGGACCAGAGUUUGAUGAGGAAGAGGAGUCAGAGCUGACGGUGACGGAGCUGCGGGAGCGAGCCCGCAAACAAAAAGCAGAGCUGGAGAAAAGAAUGAUGGGAGAUGGCUCUGAUGAUGAUGAUGACAAUGAUGAGGACAACGCCAAGGAAGAUGCAGAAGGGGAGAGCAACCGAGGCAGAAGCAAAGGCUCACAUGAGGACUCGGGCUGUUCGUGGGGAAUGGCCGAGGAGGCGGCUCCAGAGGAGGACGAGAACGAGGAAAACCCCUUCUCAACAGAGUUUCGUGAAGACCAGGAGGCAGCCUACCUGAAAGACCCCAAGAAGGCUUUACAGGGUUUCUACGACAGAGAAGGGGAGGAACUGGAGUUUGAGUAUGAAGAUAAAAGCCAUGGUUCUUGGCUCUGCAGAAUAAAGCUGCCGGUGGACGACGCCUUGGGCCGUCAGCUGGUGGCCGAGGUGACCCACACAGGGAAGAAGAAAGAAGCGGCCGUGCAGUGCUGCCUGGAGGCCUGCCGAAUGCUGGAGGCCAGGGGGCUUCUGCGCCAGGAGGCAGUGUCUCGGAAACGCAAGAAGAAGAACUGGGAGGACGAGGACUACUACGACAGCGACGACGACACUUUUCUAGAUCGAACUGGCACCGUGGAGAGGAAGAGGCAGGAGAGGAUGAAAAAGGCGGGAAAGAUUGAGGAGAAGGUUGAGACUUAUGAAUCUCUGAUGGUCAAACUGUCAGAGGUGGAGAAGGAGCUGGUAGACACACAGAAAAAGCUCAGCGCUGGCAAAGACGGCUCCUCGGCCUCCUCUGCCGAAGACUCGCUGGACGCCUUCAUGACUGCCGUGAGGCACGAGGCGGCGAUGGACGCCGUGGAUCGCAGGAAGCUGCACGUGCACGUGGCAGACUUACGCAAAGAAGCUCAGAGGCUUCGCAAGCUUGUGGAGCUGACGCGGCCAGCACAGAUGCCUUCUCUGCAGCCCAGCUCAGAGCCGGAGAAGACGAAAAAGACUCUGCCGCUUUUUGGAGCCAUGAAGGGAGGGAGCAAGUUCAAGCUGAAGACGGGCACCAUCGGGAAGUUGCCUCCAAAACGACCAAACCUGCCUGCGGAGCUCUUCAACAUGAAAGAACUUCCAUCUGGUGUAGAAGAAGAGGAAGAGGAGGAAGAAGAUGAGAGCCAGGCUGAGGAGAAGGAGGCAGAAAAACUGGAGGAUAAUGCAGAAGAAUCUUUGUUAGACGAGAACGACCAAGAUCAAGCGGCUCAUGUUCCUGAACCGAAAGAUCGCAGACAGAGGAAGAGGAAGAGCGAGGAGUCAGCAGGGGCAGCGACACAGAGGUUUCCUGCAAAGCCCAGCAGCAACAAAGCGGCAGCUCCCGUCGUCACAGAGUCCAGGCCAGAGGGCGGAGAAGAGCCGGCGGCGGAUCAUGACCCCAAAAAGAAGCAGAAGAAGCGGGUGAUGGGCCCCAGCAGGCCACCGGUGCAGCUGUCAUCACAGUAUCCAGACGACGACCCCGAUUAUUCAGUGUGGAUGCCCCCUGCAGGUCAAAGUGGAGACGGACGAACGCACCUCAACGACAAAUACGGUUACUGAGGGGGAAGCGCCGAGGCAACGACCAGCAGGAUAAAGAUCGGACCAUGGACCCUCCCCACCUUCAUCAGCCCACUCACUCUGUGUGUGUGUUUGUGUGGGUUCAUCUUAGAGGAAUUGUGCACAAUAACACCUUUUUUUCCCAUACUUGUCCCUGGAGGAAAAUCCCUGGCUGUGAUGAACAGAAAGUGCAUGGUUUGAGAUCGGAGCGGACGCCGGGCAGUCGGCCUGCUGGCACCUCCUCCUCCUCCUCCUCUCCGUACCAGAGAAGAGGUCGCAUUUAGACUCUGCCUUUCUUUUUAAAUAGUAGGAAACAUAAACCGAAUUGAUUCUCAUCCGAGCAAAAAAAGAAGAAAAGAAAGAAAACUGCAGAGGCAAUGGAGGAUCGACUUUUGGAGCAAUUUGUAGUUAAAAUCCACCUGACGUCCGAUCUGCGUCCCUCAUGUGUUUAGCUCAGUCGAUAGCAGUCAUAACCUUUUCUUUUCUUUUUUUUUUCCUAAAAGGAGUGUAUGAAGCAGGGAGAGGGAGGGAGACAAAGAGAGAGAGAGGGAGCAUUGAAGCAGCUUUUCUGACCAUCUGGACACUUGGAUGGCUUACUGGAUGAAACGCAAGCUGAUAAUGACUCAAGCUAAGUGGAGUGUGUGUAUGUGUGUGUGAGCGAGUGAGUGCACAGACACACACAAAGCUGCAGCCUUCUCAAACUUCUCUUUUUAACAAGAUUGUCGGUGUGCGUUUGCCCGGAGCAGGAUUCCUCACCCUGUGAAGUCCCACUCAGAGUUGUUCUCUUGGUUUGCUGCCAUGCUUCCCACCUUCUUCCCGACUCGUCUUUUUUUCUCUAAGCAACACUCGUCAAGAAAUGUAAACUCAAUUUUGUUAUAUAAAUGUCUAAUAAAAA